CAUAUUAGUUCAGUAGUGUAGUACAUUUUCAGUAAUAAGGAAAUUAAAAAUACAUUAAAUUGAUAUUACAUGGAUGAUAAAAUAUUAAAAAAAUAUAUUAUUAUGUCGAUAAAUAGGUCUUCGAUUAAAACUAUUAAUAUAUUGGCUGUUUUAAUGGAUAAAGAUUUUGAAGUGUCAAAAAUUUUAAAAUAAUAUUGAAAAAAUGGUAAGCAAAUUACCACAAGAAUUUAGGAGAUAUUUACGUAAUCGAAAUCAAUUACAACAUGUUCUUGAAGAAACUCAACAAGCAUUAGAACUUAUUAACCUAGAAAACUUUUUUCCUGAAGAAAAUGUUGUAGAAGAAUUAUUAUCCCCUUUAACAUUGAACAGAAUCACACAUAUUUUAGCAAAUUCUCCAGCUAUUAUAAUUCUUGGACAAGAUAGCAAGGCAAAGGCAAUAGUAGUUAAUACGUUAAUAUCUAAUGAUAUUUUACCAGUAUGUAAUGGAUUAUGGCGAUGGAUUAGACUUACUUAUGGUCAAACAAAUCACAUUAGUCUCACAUUAGAUCUAGAAUAUGAAUUAGUUGAAAAUUUACAAGCAAAUGAAAAACCUUGGAGUACUCUUCCAAUUGAAGAUCUAACAAAGUCUGAUAAUGAAGAUAUAACUUAUCCAACUGUGCUCGAAGUUCAGCUUAAUCUGCCUAUAUUAAAAGAUGGUGUUCAAAUUUUUAUUGCUCCAAAUAAUGGGGCAGUAAAAGUUCUUGCAAAUGAAUUCUUAUCUAUUUUACCAAUAUUUUUAUAUGCCCUUGGUGAGCAACCUUUAACGGAACAAAAUUUGGAAGAAUUAAGAGAUUUAAAAGAAACAUAUCCCUUUAAUCCCGUACUUUUUAUCUCAUCCUUGGAAAAUAUAUCAUUGAAUGGUAUUGAUCCUGAAUUGACAGAAUCUGAACAACAUAGACUUCAAAAUCGAUUAUAUACUAAUGAUUCUACAUCAAGUAAAACUGAUGAUGAUAGUAUUGAUUUUGACAGAAUGAAUUCACUUGGAUUAUCAUGGUUAGAUCAACUAACAAAUUUAGGUUUUCUUGGAAUGAAAGAAUCUGUUGAAGUUGAUCAAUUAUCUUGGCUAGGUAGUGGACAAUAUAUAAGUGACUUUGUGGGUUCAUGUAGAAAAACAGAUCAAAUUUUAUAUUUUAUUCGUGGAUGUUUGCAAACUUAUCUUAUUAAUGCUAGCACUUAUUUAAAUGAAGUACAUACAGCAAGCUUAAGAAAAUUCAUUUUAAGUGCUUUUGAUAUGGCACGUAUAAUUCAAAUAACUCCUAAAAGAAUACAAUAUGCUCAACAUAAAGAAAAUGAAUUGUAUGCCAAUCUAAUGAAAAUUGUUCAUGAAAAACAACAGGAAAUAACUGGAUUAAUACAAAACAUUAUUCAAGAAAUGAAAAAUGAUGUUUUAUUAUCUAAUAAUGAUGUUUAUUUGUAUCAAAAUACCAUGUCUAAUAAUAAUCAAAGGACAGAAUGGUCUGCAACUGUUAAAGCUGCAAUUUCUGAAGUUCAGAGAGUAGUGCUUGGUCGUUUAUGCGAAAAAGUCGCAAAACAACUUGUAAAUUCUGUCAAUUGUUUGCGUGAGAGUUUUAUUGGUACAUUACAACGUUGUUUAUUAAGUCUCGAAAAAACAUAUGAACGCGAUACUUGUUUAUUAGCAAGUGAUGCUUUGAAACAAAUACUCUCAGCUGCAUAUAAUGUUGAAUUACAUAAUUCUUCACCAUUUUCAAUAUAUUCAUUUUUAGAAAGAUUAAAUUUAAUUUUUAUGUCUUCAUCUUUGCAAUGGUCAUCAACUCACACUUUAGAUGUAGCUUGGAGAAGAAAAGUGACAAUAGAAAUAUUAAAUUCUUUAUCUGCAACAAAACUAUCCAAAAUAAUAUUGAUGCAAUUUGGAGAUAAACUUGAAUCAUCACAUGAUUCAUUUCAGGCAGCUCUCAGAUCUAUAGAAAAUUAUUAUUCUGGAAAAUUAGAAAGAACAGAAGAACAAAGAAUAGCUCUUAGAAAAUAUCAUGCUCCUAGAUUAGCUAAAUUAGCAUUAGAAUCAACUUCAAUGAUAGAUGUUGUUCGUUACGGAAAACCUCAUUGUGCUGAAGAAAUUGGCCGUGGUCAAUAUGGAAUUGUAUUUGCUUGUGAUGGUUGGGGUGGUAAAGCUGGUCCUUGUGCAAUUAAAUCAGUUGUUCCAUCAGAUGAAAGCCAUUGGAAUGAUCUGGCUAUGGAAUUUUAUUAUAAUAGAUCUAUUCCUGAUCAUAAAAGAAUAGUAAAACUUAGAGGAUCAAUUAUUGAUCAUUCUUAUGGUGGAGGAUUUGGAUUUGGAUCUGCUGUUCUUUUAAUAUCAGAUCGUUUAAGUCGUGAUUUAUAUUGCGGAAUACGUGCCGGUUUAUCGUGGUUAGAACGUAUACAAAUAGCAUUAGAUGUGUUAGAAGGAAUACGUUAUCUUCAUUCUCAAGGACUUGUGCAUCGAGAUGUUAAGUUGAAAAACGUUCUUCUUGAUAUUGAAAAUAGAGCGAAAUUAACUGAUUUUGGAUUUUGCAUCACAGAAGUUAUGAUGUUAGGAAGCAUUGUGGGAACUCCUGUUCAUAUGGCACCAGAAUUACUUUCUGGUCAUUAUGAUAGUAGUGUUGAUGUAUAUGCAUUUGGGAUUUUAUUUUGGUAUUUAUGCGCAGGACAUGUAAGAUUACCAUACACUUUUGAACAAUUCCAUAAUAAAGAACUAUUAUGGACCAGUGUAAAAAAAGGUAUUCGUCCAGAAAGAUUACCUUCUUUUGAUGAUGAAUGUUGGAGAUUAAUGGAACAAUGUUGGUCUGGAGAACCAUCUAAACGUCCUUUACUUGGAGCUAUUGUACCAGUAUUAGAAUCUAUUCAACAAAAAGCAAAAAGAAGCAAAUCCUUACAAGAGGUCUCUUCAGAUAAAUUACAAGAAAGUUCAACAGAUUCAAGAAAUCCUGCAUUAGCACUAGCAGAACCUUAUAAUCAAAGAGAUGACAAAUUCUUCAAAACAAAAUCUACAUAAACCUUUAAAUGGAAUUUCAAAAUGUGAUAAUGUUUAAAUAUUUUUAUCAUUUGACAAGAAAUAUUGUUUUUAUCAUUUGGAUUAUAAUAUACAUAGAUUCUCAAUUAGCAACAGCUAUUAAGUCAAACAAUUAUAUAUUUUAAAAUUAGUGGAAGGAUUUCUCUAAGAUUAUUAAGGACGCCAUGAUGAUCAAUGAGCCAAAUCGAUGUUUGCAAUAAAGCAGAUACAUACAUCUUUGGAUUUUUCGUUAAUCGAGCUACGUUUGCUCUGGUUGACGACAGUCAAACAUUUGACAAAAGGGAACUGGAGUUAGGUAAUUCGAUUAAAUAACUCAGUAACAAGAAGAAGGAAAGAACAAUAGCUAUAAACUCGAGAAAAGGGAGCAAGACGUUACACAGUAUCCCAGCUGAACAUCAAUUCAAGCAGAAAAUUCGCAUAAGCGGCAGCUUUUUAAAAAAGCGGGGUUUGUUUUUCAUCGAGAGGCGAGAGGACUGAAAGGGUUUAAUUAAAUGAUACGCUGGCGCGUUCCAGCCGACAAAGAACGUAUCAAACGCGUGUACGCGAUGAAAUUCUAUGGAAAAGAAGGAAUAUAUAGGCGAGUGGAGAAGAUGAAACACGUCCGCGGAUACAAAUAUGGGACGAUCCACUUUUGGACAGUGUACUCAGCUUUGCUCGCGAUACACGGGAACUUAUUACUAUAGAGAUCCACGUUACUUAUCGUGGCGGAUGUAUUAUGACCCGCGGCUGCGUGUCACAGAAGAAAGAAAAGGAAAAAGGGACGAGAGAACGGGCGGGUCAUACGGAGAAGAAAGAAACGGAUAAAUUUUGGGCAAGCUUGGAUAAAUCGCGAUUGUCCGCCACGGUAGACCGAUCGUUAAAACAACGAGGGAUCCAACUUGUUCAUCUUUUAAAAAAUGGCGCGUUUCAGUAGCGUAGUACCGACUGUAUCUCUGCCGAGAAGUUUCUAAAUGCGGUGCACGAUGCUAACGAGUCGUCUCCACUCGAAAAAGUAUCCUAGGAGCCUACGUCGCGUAAUUUCCACCGUCGAACGUGUACGCCGACGCGUAAUAAACGGCAAAAAGAAAAAAAGAAAGAAGAAGAAGAAAAAAGAAAAACUCCGCCCAGCGGGAAAAAGAACAAGUUUGCGUGCACGGGCGGAUGGAGAGAGGUACGUAGGGUUCUGUAAGACCAGUGACAGAGAAAAAGAGAGGAGAGAGAGAGAGGAUAAAUGCGAAUGUAAGCGGGAAGGAGGAAAGAUGAGAGGAGCGUGGGCGUGUGUAGCGGUCCGUUCCGAGCGACACGAUGUGUUUCCCCACGUUUUUUGUUUUAAUUUCAUAGAGGCCACCAGCUCUCGCGCCUUCUUUCCCUCAUCCCUCUCUUUUUCUCUCGUUUCCUCCCUCACGGGAGCCCCGCGAAAUGUACCACGGUGGUUUUCAGCACUGUGGAUGCCGCCGCCUAUAUAUCCUCUUCCCCUUUUCCGUCCUCGUCCUCCCACCAUCCCUCUUCCCUCUUACUAUCGCCAACCCCCUCUUGCUUCUCGCUCUUCCCCUUCCCUCCUUCUCCCCAUCCCGUUAUCCCUUCUCCUUGCACGCUUUCGUCGCCACCCCUACGAGUCGGUAAAGGGCUGAACCGGCCAGUGCAAUCCACGACGAGUUCGAGGUCGAAUCCACGCGUCUCCCGCGUCUCGUCAUUACGCGAUUUUUUCACGCGUUGCUCGAGUUUUGCCGCGCUGUAAACGACACCGUGUUUCGUGUUUCUAUCCGCCCGUUUCGCGUCCCGAUUUAUCGGUUUUCCUCGGUCCAUUCGUCCCGUUGAUCCGGAUGCGAAGUGGAGAAAAACCGUACGUACAUGCGUGCCACGAUUCACCUCGAGCUCGUUCCAUUAGAGAGACGCUUUUGUUCGCGCCUAUGGCUCGCCUUCUCUCGCCUUCUCUUACCUUCGCUUCGUUUCGAACACUCUCGUUACGCGUCUCCUCCUCUCUCGUCGCCCGUAUUUAUUCUCCCCUAGGUUAAUUAGCGUGCGGCCCAGUUUAAUCAUCUCUCGAAAUCGUCAUUAAACUCGCCGCUCUAUCGGAGUGCACACUGUGAAACUUGGAAACGCCGCGUCAAACGUAGCUAGGAAAAUGAUACGUUUGGGACGACGACGUAACUUCUGGGCUCGUUAAGCGCGGCGACAACUUAUCGGCGGGAUGCCGACAUCGUGCCUGUCACCUGUCCAACUCGACGAUCUCGUAAUCUAUCGACGCCACGAAAUGUCUUCGCGACACGAGGAUGAUCGGCAGAAGGGGCAGCAACACCAGCCUUCGACCCUCGAGGAAUCGAGCCAGCCGUAAUCCCUGAAACGGUUUAGGCUUUGCGCGGGGAUACCAACCGCGGGACAGGAACCGAAAUUCCUCAAAGGAGCUGGUUAACCACGACGAUCUUGUUGCACGAAGACACUUGCCGCUACACGUUGCCGUCGUUCGGCCGGCAGCGUUUAUGUACGCAGCUGGACGUUCCUGGAUAGGAAGUUGAGCAGGAAAGGGUGGUCCUCGCCCGAAGGCAGGCAGCAACCACCGCCACGAGAGACGCCGCCAAAGACACGGUCGUCUGGUAGCCGCAACAUUCCACGAACUUGCGCAACAUCCGCAAACCCGCGAAAUUCUUUGGCAAAUCUUUUGCUUCCCCCAGACGAGGAGCGAACGGAACGCAACGCGUGUGUGGAACGCGACGGCCGAAACGACGACGAGCGGAGGAGGGUGUGUCGUCGUCCCGGUUGAAGGGGCAGUCGAGCGACGAAAAUGCAGCGUUGAAAAGGGUCUCGAGAAGAAGGUGGAAACGUCGCGGGGGGAGGGAAGGCUCUGUUAACGCGCGCGACAAGUGACGUCGCGUUGGAACAGUCGAGACAUCUGUAAAUGAGGAAGCAGGGAAAGUAGGCGUGACAAGGGUCCGCUUAAAGCGGAAUAUUAGUCGUGUCACCUAAUGAUCGUCGCGCUUUACGCCGUCCAUUCGGCUUCCCUCGUAGUAUCAAGCGAAAUUUCCACCGGGUCCCUCCUCUGUUGCGAAUCGCCCGUUGUGUACCACCCUUUUCCUGUACAUUUCCCGUAGUUCUCCAAUUAAAAGGAUUCGAGAAGAAAGACAGUCGUGACAGUUGGCCGUUUUCAAAGACGAUGGUAAUUCUGAUUAUCGAUGUUGAUGCAGCCAAGUAGACCGGUGGUAUAUAUUGUGUUAUAAGAGGAUCUAUACGGACGGCGAAGCAAGAGAAGAGGGCAAUCGACGUGGAAGCUUUCGAAGGCUAUGGUAAUAUUAACGUUAGAAAUUAAACCAUCGGCCGUGGAACAUCGAUGGAUGUUCGCUAAAAGCAUCGGGAUCGUAUUAAUAUCCAGCUGGAAAGGAAAAAUCUUGUAGCGAAAUAGCUGGGAAUAGAAAUUAGGAAGAAGAAGCGUGAACGUUACGAACGUGGAGGUUUCUCUUUCUCUCUCUCUUUCUCUCUCUGUAUAUAUAUAUCUCUUUCUCUCCCUCUCUUCCUUUCUCUCCUCCAUCCUGCCCAACAGUGUCUCUGUAUUGUUGGAUAGAAAGGAAGGCAGAGAUUUCUUCACAGAAGUAGCCCGUUGGCUGUGGAACAGUAGUGACGGAAUCCUGAAAGGCACUCGAGGAAGAAAGAGCCGCGGAAGAACGCUUGGUUCUAUGGCCUAGAGCAUCCUGUAUUUCUGAUAACGUACAGAACUCGGUAAGCUUACCAACAAGAAGGUUCGCGAACGAAACUGAAUGAGAAACCGGUAAGCAAGGAGAGGAGCCCUUUUGCCCCAAGGUACUCUAUUAACCUUAUUGCCAAAGGAUACCGUUUCGCCCCGACGUUUUGCUCGCCAACUCCGACAAUAUUCGCCUCAUAGAUACGGUUCAAGCUCGAUGACCGUUUCAACGCGUUAUACCACCUUUCCGUUUGUCUUCCUCGAUCGAGGAGAAUCCGUACGAGAAGGAACUUGUCCCGAAAUGUUUUCGAGGAGGUCGUAAUCUAUAACCGUGGAAGAAUAGAAGCCGGAACACGGAACGACGAUCGAGGAGUAACUUGCCAAACUUGCCUUUUCCCCCCGUUGACAUUCGGUUGGCUCGUACAGUUCAUGGAUCCCGAUAACGGGGAGGAACGAA